AUGGACGAUAUAGGCAAUUACUCAUGCACAGUCACCAAUGCUGUAGGAUCAGCAUCAGAACAUGCAGAUUUUGGUGUGGAAUGGCAAAAGAGCAUUGACGGAAAUACUUUUAACUGCAUAGACAUAAGUCAACCACGAUAUAAAGGAAGUAGAAUUGAACCCGAGUCUCCAUUACUUGUCAUACCGAAAACAACAUUUGAAGACAAACUUCAUUAUCGACUUUUAGUUUGGAAUAUAUUUGGACGGUGUAUCAGUGAUCCGUUACAUCUCAUCGUAACAGGAAGUCCUCCAAAUGUUUUGACAAGUCAUAGAAUAUAUUUCGAACAUCAAUCAGUAAAACUGAUUGGCACAGUUUUUGUGAGUGAAAAGUCUCCUGCAGUGCACACAGUAUUUUGGACAAAAAAUGGAGAGAAAAUUGUAACGUCUGAAAGAGGUGGAAGAUAUUCGGAAGUGAGCGUUGACCAUCCUUCACUUACCAUAAACAGUGUAAACUCUCAUGAUAUCGGGGCUUAUCAACUCAAUGCCAUCAACGCCGUUGGAUCAACUGCUAGUGACACUAUUGUCCUUGAUGAACCUAGUAUAUGUGUGGAAAGAAAAGAAAAUCCUGAUAGCAGCCACUGCUUUAUAGCACAGAUCCAAUCCGUUCCGGCAGCCUAUCACUCUCAAUGGAUGGUAAAGGGGAAGGAUGAUGAUACGUUCAAGCCAGUCGACAUCAAUGAUGAGGAAUUUAAAGGAUCUUCAAACGCCCUUCCUCGUCCUAUAUUGGUUGUAAAACACAACCAACUACUUAAAGAGAAUUGUUUUGUCAUCGAAGUACAAAAUUUUGUUGGGAGAAAAACACAUUGUUUUGCAGGCAUGUUUUAUUUGCAUUUUUAUCGUUAA